UUCGGCUCGAAUUGGACCGUCGUCUGGAUGGUUUGUGUGUUGACUCGCCAGUCUGAACUCCCUGCUAUAAAUCCUCUUCUGUACUUUAUACACCAUACUGUAACCCUCUUCAUUGUCCACUCUCGUCACCUGUAACAUCCUACGUCUGCGGACGCUCCUCAGUUGCCCACCAUGGCCGCCGAAAAGUACUACAUCAAGGACGCAAUCACGAAAACUGCCGUUCACCACGAGUCUUUUGAGAAAUUGUGGGAGACAAAAUGGAAGGCUCCAGUGCGUGGAUGGAUAAACACAGCGGACACAUGAGACCAGGGUUGACAACAGUGUAGUGCGCCAUGGGUGUGUACCCUUUCAUGUUUGGUAGCAUCAAAGACUUUGAGCCCGUUGCGCAGGACAUUAUCAAGGUAUGGCUAGCCAGACAUGGGGGUGCUUUGGGCGCGUGCUGAAUCUGGAGCAGAAAGGUCUGAAGGAACCCUACGACUGGGACGAGUAUGCCCGCAUGUUCUUCCCCAAAGCUGAAGAGCUGGCAAAAAUUGCGGUGGAGGCGGAGAAAGCUGGUGAGAAAGAGAAGGCUUCUGAAUACUACCUGCGAAGCUCAGCAGUGUAUCGUAUCUCACGGUUCCCCACUCCUCGAUCGGAACAGCAAAAAUAUGCUUGGACAAAGGGCAAGGAAGUCUUCUACAAAGGCGCAGGGCUCAUGGAGUAUCCCAUCACCGAAGUCCAGGUCCCUCACUCGCACGGGAUCGAAGGUGAAGGCCAGACGGUGCCCAUCAAUUUCCUCCUUCCUCCCGGGGCGUCCGCUGAAAACCCCGUCCCUUGCGUGUUCAUCAUCACUGGCCUGGAUGGGUACCGGACAGAAUUGGCGGUGUGGCAACAGGGCUGGCGGUCAAAGGGUGUGGCCUCCAUCAUUGCCGAGAUUCCUGGUACCGGCGACUCGCCUGCGCUGCGGUCGGAUCCCACUUCACCAGAUCGUCAAUGGAGUAGUGUCCUGGAUUGGCUGGCCACACAAAAAGCAAUCGACUCCAAGAAGGUCGUGGUCUGGGGCUUCUCAACGGGAGGCUACUACUCCCUCAGAUUGGCGCAUACCCACCACGACCGGCUGCUGGCUUGUAUCAGCUUGGGUGGAGGAGCACACCACAUGUUUGAUCGAGAAUGGCUCGAGAAUACCAACAAGCUGGAAUACCCUUUCGACCUCGCAAGCACCUUGACUUACAAGUUCGGUUACCCUGACCUCGAGUCGUUUAUCAAGGAGGCGGGCAAGUUUUCCCUCCUGAAUGACGGAACCUUGGAGAAGCCGUGCACAAAGGUUCUGCUGGUCAAUGGCAACGACGACGAGAUUUUCCCCAUUGAUGAUAUGUUUGUGUCCCUCGAGCACGGUCAGCCCAAGUUGGCUAGAAUGGUGAAGGGCAAGAAGCAUAUGGGUGAACCAGACAGCUUCUUCAUCAUCCUCAAGUUUAUCCAUUCACUGCUUGGUCUGGAUGGCAAUUUCAUGGACCAGAUGAAGAUGCUACCUAGCCGGCCUCAGUAUUAGAUGUCAAGAGGAACAAGUUGGGAGGGUUUGGAUUUGUUGCACUGUCCGGGUGUACAUUGUUUGCAGGCUGCUAUUCAUGCAUAGCAAGCGAGGCGAUAAGUUGUUGGAUCGACAAAAAACAGGGGCAUCAGUACUUCAUAUAGCCACAAGCGAAUUCGAAUACUCUUUCACAAAGCCUUUUUGGGGGCUUUCUUGUAGAGCAUAGCAUCCACAUAAAAUCAGAAAC